AUGCUGCACUACAGAAAAACAAAAAGAGAAAAUCCAACUAUUACGGGAACAAAUAGCUAUGAUAUUCGAAACAAGAACCAAGUUGAAAACCAACUUUUGAAAAAUACUAAUACAAGUGUCAAAGGAAACAAUGAUAAUUCAAUUGGCCAUGAAACAAUUAAAGGUAACGAUAGUUACACUUUAUUAAUUGUUAUUGGAGCAGUUGGAGGUUUAGCACUCAUAAUCAUAUUGAUUGCUAUAGCAAUUAAAAUAAGAAAAAAGCCAUCAGAAAAUGAAAUAUUACCUGUUAUUGGAACUGAAAAAUCUGCAACAACAAGAAAACAAAAUAAAUAUAAAUUUAGUUUUACAAAAAAAUGA